CUCUGCAUUGCAUGGUUGUAAUGUAGUGAGGUGGGAAGUCUUUCUUAAGGUAAUACAACACUUUACUGUCUUUUUGCACACUCUAUUGGAGUAUAAAUAGGAGACAGUGAUUGUUUAUAUAACCCCCCUCCUCCCGGUUACUCUGUGUUUCUGCUCCCGUAGUUGUUCUGGGUAAUGACAGUAAGACAAUCUGCUGCAUGUAACUGGAUAACUGUGAAUGCACAGCAGUGAAUGAAACAUGUGACAAGCUGUGAUUAGUGUGUGUUGACAGAUGGGUCCUUUGUGGAGCUAAUUUGUAGAGCAGCAUAACCAGGUAGGUAAUUACCUGUUGCUCUGCUGCUGUCAGGGCCAUUGUUGUGUUAACACAUUACUAACAGAGGAUAUUCUCGGCUCAGCAGGAGAGCGCAUUGUAGGAAGCUGACCUGAGGCCACAUGCAUACAAACUAGAUUUAUACUUUCAAAUUGAUAAUAAAAAACAUAAUGUGUUUAAUCAUAAAUUCAUUGCAAAGCAGGGAAGAUGCAAUAAAUGUAUGAUUUAUGUGAAUAAUCUUAGUCUUCCUUCUUCCUAAAGCAACAGGUUCCUGCAGAUUAAACAUGUAAAACAUAUCUUAAAGCAUCAAACACUUUAAUGUAAGUCUGAGUGUUUUUUCCUUACAUAUCACUUUAAGUGUUGUUCUGAAUGGCAGCUGUGUGUAUGCUCAGAUUAAAGCACCAUUCAACCGCAUACAAAUAAACAUGCUGAUGUUCAGAGGCUGGAGAAAGGGGAGUGUCGGUGUUGAGUUCCAUGGAGGAGCACCACCUAUAAGGAGCUGCUGUAGGGCCUCCUGGCAUCAGUCCCUCAGAGGAGCAUAACAGGACUUUACCUCUCAGUGCGUAAUGGAAGGCAGGAUCACCCAACUCGGCCUGGCCGGGCACAGCGCCUCCCCUCUCGGAGGAAUGCAGGUUCCCCCAGCCCUUCUGCGGCCCCCUCCUCUCUUCCUGCGGGCCUGUAACCCCGUUCUUGAGAGGGGCUACCCCCGCACCCCGAAGUGUGCCAGGUGCAGGAACCACGGCGUGGUGUCUGCACUGAAGGGCCACAAGCGCUUCUGCCGCUGGAGGGACUGCGUGUGCGCAAAGUGCACGCUGAUAGCGGAGCGGCAGCGCGUGAUGGCCGCGCAGGUGGCCCUGAGAAGGCAGCAGGCCCAGGAGGAGAGCGAGGCGCGGGAGCUCCGGAUCAUGUUCCCCGGGGGCCCCGGGAUCUCUGCCGGGGAGAGUGGGUGCCCUCCGCCGACCCCAGAAGCCUCUAGCAGCGCUCUGCACAGGUUCAGUGUGUUUGGAGAAGAGAGCCACAAAGAUGAUGAUGCACUGAGCCGGUUCAGCCUGUACAGCGGGUUCCUGGCUCGGCCCCUGUUUGCCCCUCACUGCACGAGGCUGCCCUCCCCAACUGAGAGGACAGCGGUGUGUCCAAACAGGGACAGCAGCACCUCAGUGACCGGAGAGAGCAGCAGCCCCUCCCCUGUGUGUGAGCAACGCUCAGAGCGUGCGGACAGUCCGCAAAGCACCCCCUCCUCCUCGGAUCCGGAGUCAGGAAGUGAAUCGGAGAAGCCCAGGGACUUCCAGGGUCUGGAGCGAGACCCCACUGACAUCAUGGCCAAGAUCUUCCCCCAGCAGCGGCGCGACACCCUUGAGUCCAUGGUACGUACCUGUAAAGGAGACCUGGUCCGGUCCAUAGAGCUGGUGCUGAGCUCCAAGGACAACCAUCUGGACUCCGAGGGCUCCUCUGUUGGUAAGCUCCCCUGCGGAGCUCUGGGGAGCCGAUCUGCUUUCUCCCCGCUGCACAUGCACCCCACGGCCGCAGGAGGGGAGGGUGUGUUCGGGAUCAGCCCUCGCUUCGGGGUCAGCCCCCUCCGGCUGGCCUACUCCUCCGCAAGCGGCUUUAUGUCCCCGUAUAUGAGCUCUGGACUGAUGCCUAUGUUCCCCCUGCGGCCCCCCCUGGACUCCUACUCCUUUCCGGGCAUGAUCCGGGACCUGUCUUCCCUUCAGAAGGAGUCUCGGUGCAGCCCGGGGCUCUACAGCAGACUCAGCUCCGACAAAUGAUUGUUUUGUUCAUUUUAGAACAUUUGAUUAAUGUCGACUGAUUUCACAUUAAAGUGCCUCAAACAAAAGCCAUACUUUUAUGCUGUAAAUAUUGUUUAUUUUUAAUAAAGCUUUCAAACAUG